AUGUCGAAAAGACCAUCGUAUGCUCCGCCGCCUGCUCCGGCUCCCACAACUCAAAUGCCCAGCACACCAGGGUUUGUGGGAUACAAUCCAUACAGCCAUCUUGCCUACAACAACUACAGGCUGGGAGGGAACCCAGGCAGCAACAGCAGGGCCACGGCUUCAUCGGGGAUUACAAUCCCAAAGCCACCUAAACCUCCAGAUAAGCCUCUGAUGCCGUACAUGAGAUACAGCAGGAAGGUCUGGGACCAAGUGAAGGCUUCCAACCCUGACCUUAAGUUGUGGGAGAUUGGGAAGAUCAUUGGUGGGAUGUGGCGUGACCUAACCGAUGAGGAGAAGCAAGAGUACUUGAACGAAUAUGAAGCUGAAAAGAUUGAGUACAAUGAAUCAAUGAAGACGUACCACAAUUCACCUGCUUAUCUCGCCUACAUCAAUGCCAAAAGCAGGGCGGAAGCUGCUCUGGAGGAAGAAAGCCGCCAGCGCCAGUCACGCAUGGAAAAGGGGGAACCCUACAUGAGCAUCCAACCUGCGGAAGAUCCUGAUGAUUAUGAUGACGGAUUUUCCAUGAAGCACACUGCAGCCGCUAGAUUCCAGAGGAAUCACCGCCUUAUCAGUGAAAUCCUUAGCGAAAGUGUGGUGCCCGACGUACGAUCUGUGGUAACAACUGCCCGGAUGCAGGUUCUUAAAAGACAAGUCCAGUCUCUCAUGGUGCAUCAGCGCAAGUUGGAGGCCGAGCUACUGCAAAUAGAAGAUCGUCAUCAGGAUAAGAAAAGGAAAUUCUUGGAAAGCACAGAAUCUUUCAACAAUGAACUUAAACGGCUGUGCAGUUUGAAGGUUGAAGUGGACAUGGAUAAGAUUGCUGCAGAGAUCGCACAGGCAGAGGAGCAGGCUCGCAAACGCCAAGAAGAGAGAGAAAAAGAGGCUGCCGAGCAAGCUGAACGCAACCAGAAUGCUGCCGCCGCUGCUGCUGCUACCGCUGCUGCUGCUGCCGCCGCCGCUGCUGCUACAGCAGCUGAGGAAGAACCGGAGGCUGCGAAGGUGGAUGAAAAGAAUGACGAAGAAGAGGCUCCUAUGGAAACUGAGGAUACUCCUUCUUUACCCCCUCCAGAGGAACCCAACGAGGUCCAGCAGAAUGAUGAGGAAGGAACAUCAACCCCCGAAGACAAGGAAAGUGUUCAGGAGGCUGUGGAUAGCACUCUGGAUGAAGGAACAAGCGACAGCAACACCGGGUCGGAGAGCAAUAGUGGAACUGUUGAAGAACCGCCACCAGACCCAGUGCUAGAGGAAGGAGAAAGGAAAGACUGAACACCUGGCAUACCGAUCACAGUCUUAGUUUUACUUAUAAUAGAUGGAACUCGUGCAUGUGGAGAGCAAUUACAUGAAGCUUUUCUGCUGUCAGUAUGGCAGGGCAAUAGAUAGCAGGGGCUUACCUUUUUAUCCUUUCUUUAAAGCCACAGAACAUUCUAUUGCAGGGGCUUCCUGCAUCAAAGGGUUGUGAAUCCUGGAGGCUCUAAACUGGUUUAAUUUUAUUUGUUAAAAAUUUCUGUGAAUCCCACAUUCACACUUCAAAACUGUGGGCUUUUAUUUAUGUCUCAGGAUUUCCUACAAAAACAGCCGCCUAGUGGCAGCUCUACACAAAAUGCACACUUUUUAAAAUCGGUCAUAUUAGCAAGAACCAGUUGUAUUUUUUUUGCUUGUUUUUUUUUUAAGACCAUUUUUUUUAUAACUACAGUUCAAAUAAAGAAACCUGUCAAACAUAAA